AUGGCCGAGCACCGUGUCGACGUGCCGUUCCUGGACGCGGGUCUCGCGUCCGAGCCCGAUUCCCACUAUUCCGGUCUCUUGAUCCAGAGAGAUGCAGCCGAAAGCGGCGCGAUACUCGAGCGCAGCCAUACGGCCGGGCGCCCGCUCGCGCUGCUGCUCCACGGCAUGGGAUCCCACAAGAACGCCGUCUUUUUCAAGCCGCUCGCGCACGCGCUGCCGAUCGACUCGUAUCGCUUCGACCACCGCGGCGAGGGCGAGUCGCCGGGCGAGUGGACGAAUGGCCAGUACGAUACCUAUGCGGCGGAAGUCGCGCACGUCGUCGAGUACCUUGUCACGCGCUUUGGCUACGUGAUCGAGCUAAUUGUGGCGCACUCCAAGAGCGUCGCGAUUACCUAUGCGUACGCGUCCAAGUUCUGCACCAAGCCGGGCCUCCAUCGCCCGCCGGCGCUGAUGGCCAUGUUCUCGGGCCGCUUUUGGAUGUCGCGCGUCUAUGAACGCGCCGACGAGUUCGAACCUUCGUUCCAGCAAAAAGGGCACUUUGAGCGCCAGAUUCCGACGCGCAACGGCAUGCGCGCUGUCCAAAUGACGCGCGAAGACUUUAUCGCCGGCUGCGAAUACCCCACGCCGCAGCACGCCGCGCGCCUCCCGACGUCGGUGCAGGUGCUGAUCGUGCACGGGACCGACGACAAGGUCGUGCCGGUGGUCGAUUCGGCCGGUUACAUGAAUGCGCUCACUGCUCAGCCGACACGCCGCCCGGGCACGGUCCAGCUCCAGAUGAUCGAGGGGUGCGACCACAACUAUUCCGGUGCGUACCGUGCGAAUAUGGUCGAACGCGUGCUAAAGUGGCGCGCGACGUGCCUCGCGGCGCAGCAGCACGCGCCGGCCGCGCCUCCCUCGUGGACCGCAGGGACGCGCGGCUCGCGGGGCGCGCUGAUCGUCGUUGAAGGCCUCGAUCGUGCGGGCAAGUCGACGCAGGUUGCGCGCCUCGUCGACCUGCUGCACGCGCGCCUCGUCAAGUUCCCGGAUCGCACGACCGAAAUCGGGCAGAUGAUCAACGCGUACCUGACGAAUGCGCGCGACACGCCCGACGAGGCGAUCCACCUGUUGUUCUCCGCGAACCGCUGGGAAGUGAUGCAGAGCAUUGUACAGACGCUCUCUUCCGGCCAGUCGGUGGUAUGCGACCGCUAUGCGUUCUCCGGCAUUGCCUACUCGCGCGCCAAAGGCCUCGACCUCGGCUGGUGCCUCGCGCCGGACGUCGGCAUCCCGAUGCCGGACCUGACCCUCUUCCUUGACCUGGACGAGGCGACGGCCGCGGCGCGGAGUGCGUACGGCGAGGAGCGCUACGAGAAGCUGGCGUUCCAGCGCGUGGUGCGCCAGACCUUUGCCGACGUCGAGCACCUCGUGCAGGCCGGCGGCGGCGUCUGGACGCGCGUCAACGCCGCCGGCACGCCGGACGAGGUGUACGACGUGGUGCGUGCCGAGGCGCAGCGUGUGCUGCAGCGCGUGCAACACGACCACGCGUCGUUGCGCCCACUCGCUCUCGACAUGCUGCCGCCGGCCGAGCCACAGAGCCAACAACGCCCGAGUCUAUAG